CUUCGCGUCCUGUUGUUUCUUGUUGCUACUACCGUCCGGAGUCAGACCACUACCAGACUAUCGCCAGCGCCAUCGUAUCGUGAUGGAGUUUUCUCGAGUCCAAACACCUUCAAUACACAGAUCAUCGACAAGGGAUCAGAGAUCAACGUAACCUGGACUUCUACCUAUAAGAGCGUAAACUUGUUUCUAAUAUUCGGGCAAGACUACGUUAACUCCANNGAGCUCGAUGAUUUCGGCAACAACUCACUGCCCUUUUCGUUCCGGGCUGUCAACAGUGCAGGCACUGCGCAGGAGCAAGCGGGUGGUGGCUUUUACACAGGCCAGUUCUGGAUCCGAGAUGGGUCUGAGACAUCUUCAGUGGCUGUGCAAGCAGCGAUAGUCACGACAACCGACCACGCACCGAGCUCUUUAUCUACUACGACGACUACUUCGCAAUUGUCGAGUUCUGUGUCCCCGAGCUCAGCAUCUACUGCUGUUGUCACCAUUUACUCCUCUGCUGGAUCUACAUCGUCGAGCUCCUCAAAUUCUGUUAGCAGCUCCUCUGCAAGGUUAUUAUCAACUACAUCCGCUGUCUCUGAAUCUGGACGAUCUUCCUCUGAACUUUCUGCGCAAGCGACAACUACACCAACAACGUCUCCGGAUGGUACGUCGAGUCCCACGGGUCCGUCCGCGGGUACGAUAUCCGGGAUUGUGGUCGGUGCAGUAGCCGUACUUGCCAUCAUCAUCGGUGUAUCCCUUUACUUCCGAAGACAACGAAGGCCCACGCCAUCAUCAAGGCACUUGGAUUCGACGGAGAUGCAGAUGGCACAAGAAGAUCAUUCUACCGGGCCACGUUAUACGCUUCGCGAUCCGUCCGUGUCUAGUCUAAAGAGACCAGCAGAGUUGCAGGAGAGUGAAGUUAUAGAGUUGCCUAACUAUCGCUCGUCUCGCCGGCACGAACUUGCA